GAACGCGGACUCCCCGGGUUGGGAUGGGCGGAGCUUACCCGCUCACGCCACCCCCGCUAGGAACGCGCCGUCCGCGCACCAGAGCAAAGCCCCGCCCCCAGAACUGCGACCCAGCCCCUGCGCGUGGCCCCGCCCCUAGUCCGUGUUCCUGCGACCCCGACGGCCCGCGCGUAACCCCCCAGCGCCCGAAGAAGGGAGUCGCGCUGGCCUCCAAGAUGGCGGCCAUGGCAACGGCGUCCGGGCAGCAGCAGUACCAACAAUUCAUUAAGCACUUUACAGAUUGAUAUAAGGAUAGCAUUCCUGCUCCAAGGCACACUCUAAAUAGAGAAAAUACUGGUGAAGGAAAUGGGGGUUGAAAGAUUGCAAGCAGAACAAAGCCAAGUGACUGCUGUUUCAGUACUCCAGAUUCUGGUCAACACUUUCAAUUUCAGAACUGGACGAUUAAAGCUGAUCAAGCUAAGAAAGCUGAAUUCAUAAGAACAGCAGAAAAACUAAAAAAUCAACUUGUGAAUAUAGAAAAAGACAAAAAUGGUAAUCUCUACAGCAAGAAGAGUGAUUUCAGGGUAGAAUACAGCACACUGGAAGAACUGGAACAUAAAAUGACUAACAACAGGAAAGCUGAAAAAGCUAAAAUCCAGCAACAACUAGCAAAAAUACACAAUAAUGUUAAGAGACUUCAGCGACAAUUGAAAGAUGUGAAGCCUACACCGGAAUUCGUUGAAAAGCUCAGGGAAAUGAUGGAAGAAGCUGAAAAUGCAAUAAAUGGUUUUAAAGAAGAACAGCGACUAAUAUAUGAAGAGCUUAUGAAGGAGGAGAAGACUGCUACUAAUGAGCUCAGUGCCUUACAGAAAAAAAUUGACACAUGGGCACUGGGUAGUUCAGCCAUAGAAAGAGUUUUCAGGUUACCAUCAGGCAAGGUUCCAGUAGACAAAACACUGCAAAAUCAUCUACCUGAAGAAGUAGUAGAAUUUGAAAGGUUCCUUCAGCAAACAGGAGGACGACAAGGAGGCUGGGAUGAUUAUGAUCAUCAACACUUUUUGAAAGUAUGGACAAAACAUAAAGGAAAGCCGUCCUAUAUAGAAGAAGCCCUUGAGUAUCUCUCUGGAAGAAAAAAAGAGGAUAUUCAACAGCAUGAGACAUGGUAUCAAGAAUUUCUGAUUUUAGAGGAAAGAAAAAAAGAGUCUAUUGAAAAGUGGAAAAUGAAGAAGCAACAAGAAAAACAAAAAAUCUUAAAGCAAAAGCAGAAGUCAGAGAAAAUGCUCAAAACAGAAAAUCUUCAACAAGAAGCAGCUCAGAAGCAAAAAGCAGAGAAGGAAAGGAAAAAGCAACAAGCAGCUGUCGAAGCGUGGAAAAGACAUAAAGAAAUAGAAUUUGCAAUGAAACAAGCAUCUCGACUGAAAGAGGAAGAAGAGAGAGAGAAAAAGCAACAGAAGGAACGCCAGCGCCAGUUCCAACUGAAGCUACUGCUAGAAAAGUACACUCGGCAGAAGGAGGAACAGGAGGCGCUCCAAAGACUUGAAAAGGGGAAGAGAGAGGAGGCUGAAAGGGAAAAGAGGAAGAGAAUUGCUGCAGAAGAAAUUUCUAAGUUUCAAGAGAGAGAUCUUCAUAAACUUGAAGUAAAGAUUCUAGAAAAGCAGGCAAAAGAGGAGGAAAAAAUAGAAAAAGAAAAAAGACUGGCAAAGUUAAGAGAGAAGGUUGAAGUUCACGUAACCAGGGACCCAUCUAGACUGUACAAACCUACCAAGGGUUGGGAGGAACGCACAAAAGAGAUUGGACCAACAGAUGUGCAGCCACUUUUACAUAUUCCACAUAGAGCUAUCCCAACCUGGAGACAAGGGUUAUAGCUGAACAUCUGCAUAUACGAGAAGAUGAAUUACAUACAAAUAAAGUGACCAACUGGGUCCUUAGAAAUUUUCAUAAAACUUUUUUAUGUAA